AUGCCAACGAAGCGUAGGAACGCCGGCCGCGCCAAACACGGCAGGGGCCAUGUCAAUCCGGUCAGGUGCAGCAACUGCGGCCGUUCAUGCCCAAAGGACAAGGCAAUUAAGCGUUUUAACGUUCGCAAUAUAGUGGAUGCAUCUUCCUUGAGAGAUCUGAGGGAGGCCUCCGCAUACCAUACUUACAACCUGCCGAAGUUGUACAUCAAGCAUUCAUACUGCGUCUCCUGCGCCCUUCACUCCAGUGUCGUCCGUGUCCGCUCGCGGGAGAAUCGCAGGAUCAGGGCCAACCCACGUGCCAGGAUCCACGGCCACGGCGGCAACAUGGGAGGCAACCGCAACUGA